AUGUUGGACGACUUCAAGUUCGACUGGAAAUCCCACAAGUGGGCGAUUCUUUACUGUUCCAUCUCUGCUAUAGGCGCCCUUUGCUAUGGGUAUGACAACACCUACUACAAUGGAGUUUUGGCUAUGCAAGAGUUUAAGGACAGGUAUGGAAACCAUUACGUGGACGGACAGAAAGCACUGGCAACCUCAUUUCAGUCUAUGACUGCAUCAUCAAUCUACAUCGGAGACCUCCUCGGCGCCAUGGUUGCUUCUCCCAUCAACGAGCGCUGGGGCCGCAAAGCUGUCUUCUGGGUCGCGUCUGUCUGCAUUCUGGUUGGCGGUAUCGCUCAAGUCGCAGACAGCCAUUACGAGGCUGUUAUCACCGUUGGAAGAAUUAUGAUUGGCCUCGGCGUGGGUCAGUUUACGGUUACGUCUCUGCUCUACAUGGGCGAGGUUGCACCCACUUCCAUCCGCGGACCGACCCUCAUGAUGUUCCAGUUCCUCCAGUCCUGGUCCCAGCUUAUUGCCGCUGGCAUCACUCAAGGAACUGAGGGCAUCAAGAGCUCGCUAUCAUAUAAAAUCCCCAUGGGAGGUCUUAUUGUUUUGCCGCUCAUGAUGUUCGCCGGCCUUCCGUUUAUCCCAGAGAGCCCCGUGUGGUACAUUUUGAAAGGCAGACGCGAGAAUGCCGAAACGGCCCUGAAGAAAAUCAACCGCGGACUAUCGACAUACGAUGCUACGGAAGACAUGCGAGUCCUAGAUGAGACAAAGCAGGUGGCAGAGCAGCAUUCUGAGGCAUCUUCAUGGAAGAUGCUCUGGACGGACCCAGUUGAACGCCGAAAGGUCAUCUUUUCCUCCGGCGCCCUCUUCUCCCAGCAAGUUUGCGGUAUCCUGGUUUUCUACGUCUAUGGGGUUGUCUUCGCGCAAUCCAUCGGCGUCGCUGAGCCUUUUAUGAUCCAACUUAUUACGAACAUUCUACAAAUUUUUGCAGUGGGCGCAUCUGUCAUUACCGGAAACAAGGUGUCGAGGCGUGUCAACCUCCUCGUUACAAACUCAAUGAUGGUUGUCGCAUUCGUCGUCAUCGGUGGCAUUGGCACGCAGGGAACACCAACGAAAGCUUCUCAAUAUGUCAUCGUCGUUUUUUCUUUCAUCGUUAUUAUCGCCUUCAACUACGGUCUUGGCCCGUUGGCGUACACUAUCGCUCGAGAGAUGGCUGUUGGUGUCAACCAAAACAAGAUCAUGUCGACCUCCAUUGCUAUUUUCUACUUUACUACUUGGGUUGUGUCAUUCACUGCGCCUUAUCUGUACUAUGACGCCGGCUUGGGCCCAAUGCUCGCAUUCAUCUAUGCUGGAACAACUGGUCUUGCACUUGUAUACACCUGGUUUUGUGUCGGUGAAACCUCGGGCAGGUCAACUAUUGAGAUCUCUAUGUUCUUGGCAGAGAACAUUCCUGUUAGAAAGUGGAAAACGUACCAGUUUCAAACAGAUUUGGAGGGAAACAUUUCGCAAGGAUCCGAUAAAUCAGUGGAGAAAUCGGACGCUACUGUCGAGCAUCAAGAGGCGAGCAAGUAG